CGGCGGUUUGGCACAGUGGGAGAAGCUGCUUCCGAGGCCUUUCUGGAAAAGUUGUUGGAUCAGGCGACGGGAGCGGGGCCGCUCAGGAAACCGGUACCCAGGGUGAUAUGUAGGAGCUGCUUCAGGGCGGGGAUCAGUCCGACCGAGGCAGGCCGAUUGAGGCUGCAGAGACCGAAGUUAUACAGAAUAGCCAUGUUGUGUUGGGGUAAUACAUCAUUUGGACAGCUUGGACUUGGUGGCAUCGACGAGGAGGUUGUUUUAGAACCAAGGACCUGCGAGUUUUUCCAGAACAAAAAGAUUCGCGAUGUGGGAUGUGGCCGCAGACAUACUGUUUUUGUUCUCGAUGAUGGGACUGUUUACACCUGUGGGUGCAAUGAUCUUGGGCAGCUGGGACAUGAAAAAGCAAGAAAGAGACCAGAGCAAGUUGGGGCUCUGGAUGCUCAGAACAUCACUGCCAUUUCAUGUGGAGAGAUGCAUACGCUUGCACUAAAUGAUAGUGGUCAAGUGUUUGCUUGGGGACUUGCCAAAGAUGGUCAGUUGGGUUUGGCUGCCACAGAGGAAAGUGUCCGAGUUCCGAGGAAUAUAAAAUCUUUAGUAGAGGUACAGAUAACGCAGGUGGCCUGUGGUUAUUAUCAUUCUCUUGCUUUGUCGAAAGGAAGUCAAGUUUUCUCAUGGGGACAGAAUAAGAAUGGGCAACUGGGAUUAGGUCGAGAUAUUGGAAACCAGCCAUCACCGCAACCUGUUAGAUCUUUAAAUGGUGUUCCUUUUGUUCAGGUUGCAGCAGGUGGAGCACACAGCUUUGCACUCUCACUCUCAGGAGCUGUGUUUGGUUGGGGAUGCAACAAAUUUGGCCAACUUGGCUUAAAUGAUGAACAUGACAGAUAUGUUCCUGCCCUGUUGAAAUCUCUACGAACACAGAAGAUUGUCUAUGUGUGUUGUGGCGAAGAUCACACUGCUGCUCUGACAAAGGAAGGCGGAGUGUUUACAUUUGGUGCUGGAGGCUAUGGCCAAUUGGGGCAUAACAGCACAAACCAUGAAAUAAAUCCAAGAAAAGUCUUUGAAUUAAUGGGAUAUGUAAUCACACAGAUUGCUUGUGGAAGGCAGCACACGUUAGCUUUCGUUACAUCAUCUGGAAAAGUGUAUUCAUUUGGCCUUGGAGGAAAUGGUCAACUAGGAACUGGGUCCACAAAUAAUAGAAAAAGUCCCUGCACAGUGAAAGGAGCAUGGGUUCCUCAUGAUGGACAGUAUUCACCAAUUAUCAAUGCCAAAAACAAUUUUUGUGUUAAAAGGAUUUUCUCUGGAGGUGAUCAAAGCUUUGCACAUUAUUACAAUCUGCAGAACUCCAUACCACCAGAUGACUUCAGAUUACCCAAUCCAUCAAAACACAUACUCACAUUAAAUGAUGCAAUCAUCCAGAAGUGGAUAAGUUAUCCUCCUGGAAGGAUUCCUUCAGAGGCAACUAAUGAAAUUGAUACGGUGUUCUCAUCAGCAGGCUGCUUAAAUGGAAGCUUUCUUGCCUUGAGUAAUGAUGAUCACUAUAAAACCAGUUCCAAAUUCUCCGGGAUUGAUAUGAAUGCAGCUAGACUAUUAUUCCAUAGACUCAUACAGUCUGACCAUCCUCGGAUUUCGCAACAGAUAGCAGCUAGUAUGGAGAAAAACUUGAUCCCAAGACUUUCAAAUUCUCCACCUGAUGUAGAGGCCUUGAGGAUCUAUGUUACUCUUCCAGAGUGCCCCCCCAUGAAUGAUGUCAACAACUAUGUAACAUUAGCCAUUCCGUUUGGAAUGGCUAUUGUAAAGCUUGAAAAAGUGCCACUGAAAGUACUUGAAAAUUGGUGGACUACGUUUGAACCUGCGUUCUUUCAGAAGGUUGUGGAACUUUAUAAGGAUGUUGUAGUAUUUCUACUGAAACUAACCAAGGUUGGAAUGGCUAACUCUGAGCGAAGGACAUGGAAUAAUUUUCUGAAAACCGCCCUGGAGGUAUUGGCAAUUCUGCAUAGGGUAAAUGAGAAAGCUGGACAGAUAAUUCAGUAUGACAAAUUCUAUAUCCAUGAAGUACAAGAUCUCAUAGACAUCAGGAAUGAUUAUGUAAACUGGAUUCAAUACCAAGUAUAUGGAGGUAUGCCAGAUAUGCCAAUUACAAUUUGUACUUAUCCAUUUGUAUUUGAUGCCCAAGCAAAAACAACACUAUUACAGACAGAUGCUAUUUUACAAAUGCAGUUGGCAGUUGACCAAGCACACAGACAAAACAUUUCGUCCUUUUUCUUGCCUGUGGUUGAUACAGUUAACCCUUGCCUUGUGCUGAUUGUACGAAGGGGCCAUAUUGUUGAAGACACUGUGGAAGUACUGAGGAAAAGCAAGAAUGUCGACUUCAAGAAACCAUUGAAGGUCAUUUUCGUUGGAGAAGAAGCUGUGGAUGCUGGAGGUGUCCGGAAAGAGUUUUUCCUCUUGAUUAUGAGAGACCUAUUAGAUCCUAAAUAUGGCAUGUUUCGGUACUAUGAGGAAUCUAGACUCAUUUGGUUUUCAUUUCAGACCUUCGAAGAAAUUGAUUUAUUUCAUUUGAUUGGUGUCGUCUGUGGUCUUGCCAUCUACAACUUUACAAUUGUUGACCUGCAUUUUCCGUUGGCUUUGUAUAAGAAACUGCUAAAGCAGAAACCUACCUUGGAUGACCUGAAAGAAUUGAUGCCUAUCGUUGGCAGGAGUAUGCAGCAAUUGUUGGAUUACCCAGAGGAGGCUGUGGAAGACACCUUCUCCCUCAACUUCACAAUUGCAGUAGAAAAGUUUGGAGUAACUGAAAUUAAAGAGUUGGCUCCAGAUGGCACCAAUAUUCCUGUCACUAAAUACAACAGACAUGAAUUUGUGGAUGCAUAUGUGGACUAUGUGUUCAACAAGUCAAUUGCCCCUUUAUUUGAUGGUUUCUAUGAAGGCUUUCACAAAGUGUGUGGAGGAAAGGUACUUCAGCUCUUCCAGCCUAAUGAAUUACAGGCAAUGGUGAUUGGAAACGCAAAUUAUGACUGGAACGAAUGGGAAAAGAAUACUGAAUAUAAAGGAGAAUACUGGGCAGAUCAUCCUACCAUCAAAUUAUUCUGGGAGGUGUUCCAUGAACUACCUUUGGAAAAGAAAAAACGUUUUCUAUUGUUUCUAACUGGCAGCGAUCGUAUCCCAAUUCUUGGAAUGAAGAGCCUAAAAUUUAUCAUUCAGCCAACAGGAGGUGGAGAUAAUUAUCUUCCAGUGGCACACACCUGCUUUAAUCUUCUGGAUCUGCCAAAAUACACAGACAAAGAAACCCUUAGGACCAAGCUCGUUAAAGCCAUAGAUCAUUAUGAAGGCUUCAGUUUGGUGUGAACAGGCAACUCUUAACUGCACAUCUUUUGCUUUUUGAGCUGGGUAAAAAGCAGAAUCCUUGGAAAUUACACAUUUAGCAAGAAAUGCUGUGCUGUGAGAAAUUGAACUGAACAAAUGGUGAAGAGCUUACAAUGUGUUAAUUUUAGCAAUUUGUAUAAAAUCAUGUACACUGUUAAUGUUACAUAUUAAAAUUAUAUUUACAAAUUAUGGGUGUAAAUGAUCUACAUUGAUAACAUCAGAAGAGGCACUAAUACAUAGCCUUAGAUACAAAGUCAGCUAGAUUAUGGGGAGACUGGAGUACAGGCGCAUGAAAAAUUCACCUAUAAUUUUUUUUCAUUACUUGUUGGCAAGUGUAAAUUAAGUUGUAUGUAAGAUUACAUUGUACUUUAAUGACUAGUUGAUAACAGUAAAUAGCGUUAAGAUUUUUGUAAUUAAAUCACUUUUUGGUAAGUAGUAAAAUCAUUGAGAAAAUAUGCAUAUGGCAGCACUGGCAUGCUGUACAUUAGAGCUUGUGUUCACAAAGUCUACUUCUAAACCCCUUGUUCACCCCUUUUUCAUUGCGACAAAUGAAUAAAUGCAUAAUUAUUGAAUUAUGGACCUAAGUAUUCUACUCAGUUCAUUUACUGACAGAAUCUUGGCAAAAACUUUGAUUCAGCAUAAGCCUAAAUGCAGAAAUAAGUAAGUGUCAAAGAUGAGUACAAUCCCAGAAACUUCCCAAAAAAACUAGUGGGAUCAAAAACUAAGAUCCCAGUUUAAAGGGGCACUCCAUUCUUACUCUAUAAAAUUAAUUUGCAAUUUUGAAUCUUAAAACUAUUUUUCUAGAACUCCAUCUCAACAAAGGGGUAACUUUGGGAGAAGACAGAGCUGUGAUUGUUAGAUGAGGAAAUAACUUAAAAUUAUUUUUGUAAUAGAUGCAAAAGUAAGAUAAAAGAAUUUUGGAUUUAAACAUUCCAAGCCGGAGCUCCAAUGUCUUGGAUUUCCCCUGACCCUGUAGUGCUAAGUUACUUACACUGUACCAAUAGCCAUUGCUACCUUGUAGAUUUAAAGGGUAAAAUAUUUUUACCAUAUAAAAAUACAAUGUGUUUGCUCAUGUAUCUCGAUUUUAUUUUGAAAUGUCACCAUUCUAUAACUUAUUUUCAAGUAAAUUUUGGAGAGUUGUUGAAUUUUAUCUUGCUCCAUGAAAGAUACAUUACAACUUUGAAUUAAAGAUUCAAUUUUUGAGUAAAGAUAUUUAAGCUGCCUUAAUAAUUAAACUUGCUUGUAUUUCUCUGAAGAUACUUAUAUAAUCAUUAUAUUUCCUGCUGUAAUGCUGUGAUAUUAGUAAAAAUGUAGCAUCAAGAGCUAGAAGUUGGCCUUUACAGUAUAUGUAUUUAUCAUAAAUGUGACAUUAAUUAGUUGCAUUUGGGAGAAUUGUAGUAGAAGCAUGUUUGAGAAUGUUCUCCGAUUUUAAAAGAAUCAGCUAAUAAAAUUUGCUAAGGUCAAAAAAAAAUACUGGAAGACAACACAAAAAAUAUAUAUAAAUAUAGCCUAGUUAUGGAAACUCCCAAUUUGGGCGCUUCACAUUUGCCAGAAUGUGCUUCACAUUGUGUUACACAUUGGAGAAAAUUUGCAUCUCUUCAGUCAAGUAUGAGGUAUGAGAAAUGCUAAACAGUUUGGCUAAGAACUUGCAGCUUAAUAUACAUUGAGUCAGUUAUUCAGUUCCUCAAGACUUGUACAGUAACUUAUGAAAACUCAUUCCCUUUAAGUAUUUAGUAUUUUUGCUACAAUAACUGUACCAAAAUAGAAUACCAAUUUUGUUAGUUUUUAUCAGAAUUCUCAGUACCUCUGACAACUUUGUUCAUUUACUGUUCUAUUUUGUAGCAUUUGGGAAUCAAUAAAGGGGUUGCUGUGUU